AUGGAGGAAAAGUCUGAGGAAAAUCGAAGUGCUCCAAUCACUGAGUUCAUUUUCAUGGGAUUAACAGACAACCCUCUGCUACAGCCUAUUGUUUUUGCAGUGUUCCUUGUCAUCUACACCAGCAGCUGCAUAGCGAACAUUGCAAUGAUUAUAUUAAUCUGGGUGAGUUCCCAGCUCCACAAUCCAAUGUAUUUCUUUCUCAGCAACUUAUCAUUUUUGGAUAUCUGCUAUUCCUCUGUGGUGGCCCCCCAGACACUCAUCAACUCCAUUGCAGAAAAAAAGGCAAUUUCAGUGGCUGGAUGUGCAGCACAGAUGUACUUUUUCAUAGCUCUGGGGACCACAGAGUGUUGCCUCCUGGCUGUGAUGGCAUAUGACCGCUAUGUGGCUAUCUGUAACCCACUGUUAUAUCCCAUCCUCAUGUCUUCUAGAGUUUGUAUUCUUUUGGUGGCUGGGUCAUACAUACUUGGCUUCCUCCAUUCUCUUGUUCACACAGUCUUCACAUUCAGACUGUCCUUCUGCGGGUCUGAUGAGAUCAAUCAUUUCUACUGUGACAUCACACCACUGUUAUCCAUCUCCUGUUCCAACACAAAUGUUAGUGAAAUUCUUUUAUUUAGCAUGGUGGGAGGCAUUGAGAUCAUCACAAUUUUGAUCAUUGUGGUCUCUUACUCAUACAUUCUCGUUACCAUCCUGAGAAUCCGCUCGGCCCGUGGGAGGCACAAAGCCUUUUCGACCUGUGGCUCCCAUUUUACAGGUGUCACCAUUUACCAUGGAACAAUCCUGUUCAUGUAUUUGCGACCCACUUCUAGCUACUCCUUGGAUACCGACAAAAUCCUUGCUGUGUUCUAUACCAUGGUGAUCUCUUUGCUGAACCCACUAAUAUAUAGCCUGAGGAACCAAGAUGUGAAGGAUGCUUUGAGUGACCUCCUUAAAAGAAUUUAUCAGCAUGUAUACAGUAAUAACUAG